AUCUCUAUUUCUUUGCUAUCUUCUCAUCUCCCUCCCUCCGCUGCGAUUCAGGAUUUUUGUUUUCGGAGCUACCCACCGGCGCUGCGCCCCAUCGAGGUAAGCCAUGGAUGAAGAGUACGACGUAAUUGUUCUGGGAACGGGCCUCAAGGAGUGCAUCCUCAGUGGCCUCCUCUCUGUCGAUGGCCUCAAGGUGCUGCACAUGGACAAAAACGAGUACUAUGGAGGAGAAUCGUGCUCUCUUCACUUGAACCAGCUCUGGAAGCGUUUCAGGGGCAGCGAUGACGCCCCUGACAACUUAGGCUCCAGCCGAGACUACAAUGUCGACAUGAUUCCAAAGUUUAUGAUGGCGAAUGGGGCGUUGGUGCGCGUUUUGAUCCACACGGAUGUUACAAAGUAUCUGCACUUCAAGGCCGUUGAUGGAAGCUAUGUCUACAACAAAGGAAAGAUUUACAAAGUUCCUGCAACUGAUGUCGAGGCGCUUAAGUCGCCAUUGAUGGGGAUCCUUGAGAAACGUCGUGCUAGAAAGUUUUUCCUUUUCGUCCAGGACUUCAAUGAAAGUGAUCCCAAGACUCAUGCAGGGAUGGAUUUGGGCACAGUCACCGCAAGAGAACUCAUCGGAAAAUAUGGACUAGAAGCCGACACAAUUGAUUUUAUAGGUCAUGCUUUGGCGUUGCAUAGCAGCGAUAGUUACUUAGACCAGCCAGCUAUGGAAUUUAUCAGGCGAAUAAAGCUUUACGUAGAAUCUUUGGCGCGCUUUCAGGCAGGAUCGCCGUACAUAUAUCCGUUGUAUGGAUUAGGAGAAUUGCCUCAGGCAUUUGCGCGUCUGAGUGCAGUUUAUGGCGGCACAUACAUGCUAAACAAGCCUGAAUGCAAGGUGGAAUACGAUGGCGAUGGAAAAGCAGUCGGUGUCACAUCCGAAGGAGAAACUGCUAAGUGCAAGAAAGUCGUCUGUGAUCCAUCAUAUUUAUCAGAAAAGGUGAAGAUGGUCGGGAAAGUUGCGCGUGCCAUAUGCAUCAUGAGCCACCCGAUACCCGACACCGAUGAUUCCCACUCUGCUCAAGUCAUUCUCCCACAGAAGCAGCUUGGUCGAAAUUCAGAUAUGUACCUCUUCUGCUGUUCUUACUCGCACAAUGUCGCCCCGAAUGGAAAAUACAUAGCAUUCGUUUCAGCAGAGGCUGAGACAGACAAUCCGGAGACUGAAUUGAAGCCGGGAGUGGACCUCCUCGGCCCAGUUGAUGAAGUGUUCUAUGAAACCUACGACAGAUACGUCCCAAAUAGUAAUGGCGAAGAUGACAACUGUUUCAUCUCCAUGAGCUACGACGCCACUACACACUUUGAGUCCACAGUCAUGGAUGUGUUGGAUAUGUACACAAGAAUUACAGGGAAGGUGCUGGAUUUGUCUGUGGAUCUGAAUGCAGCCAGUGCUGAUGGUGCAGAAUGAACUAAUUUUCAGAUUUCAAGCUUUGGUUUUUGGCUAUGAAGCUUCCAUGGCUUCCUGCACUUCCAUUACUCUGCAAACAUUCUUCAUGGGACAUCUCGUUUGUAGUUCUUUUGUUAAUGUUGUUUGCAGAUAGAUAGAGAUAGAUGUAUUAGCGCUUUCUGUCUCAUUUUAAAGCUACAAUGAAGAAAUCGCGUUCUUGAAA